ACUCAGCAUGGCGGAUAUGUUCUCCACUCCAUCCUUUGCGUUUCUCAGUUAGCAUAACAUCAUAACAUUAAUAACAAAUGUAAACCAUAACGCUGCAGUGAGCUUUAUCUCGACGUGUCUCUGCACACGUCGUGACCUGAGACCUGUUUGGUUUCCUGGACUGACCUGAGCAGGAUGAAACAUCAGGAGCCUCAACGCAGAACAAAGCGGGUUACAUCUUAAUUCGUUGACUCUGAGUCAAAGAAGAAAUAGAAUUGACCUCAGUGGGAGACAGAAUCGUACACUAACAAUGGGUGAAGUGACUGUGGAGGUAGAUUCGGAGGUGACAAAGCAGGACUCCUCCUUGGAGCCUCUGCCAGAGCCUCUGCUCAUAAUCCUGUCUCCACCUCCACCUUUCCUACCCGUCCCUGGUGAGCCGACGAUGGUUUGGCAUAAGUGGCUCAAAGCGUUUGCACACUACGUCGAGGCGCUCGGCGAAAACAACCUCGUCGACUCCAGUAGGUGUGUGCUCUUACAGAACUGCCUCGGCCUGGAGGGCCAGCGUAUCUUCACAACACUGAUCCCCAGUGAAACCACCUACACAGCAGCCAUCUCCUCGCUGACGGUUCACUUCUGCUCCGAUCACACCUCCCAGAUGAGCCGCCUCCAGUUUCAUCAGAGGGCUCAGAUGCCCGGAGAGACCGUGGAUCUUUUUGUGUCCGCGUUAGAAGAGCUGCUGCGGCCUUGCAGCUAUGGAGACUCACAAGACGAGCUUGUUCUGGAUCAGCUGAUUGAGAAAACAAACUGCCCACAACUCAGAGAGAGGCUGCUGUUGGAGAGGGAAACUCUGACCUUGGACAAGGCAUUAGUCAUUGGGAAAGAGGUUGAAUUUGCUUUGAAUGGAUCCGAACUGUUUGGUUUUCACGAGGUCAGUGUCGACAUCGGAGACGAUUUAGACCCUCCUGUUCAAAUAAAACGCAAAAGAGGGCGGCCUCGGCGCGGGGAGGGAAGGCCGAAAAACAACACCAAACCACGCUGGACUAAAAUCCCCAAAAGAUCAUCGAGAUACAAAGACAAUUACUAUUACAACAACGAUAAGCUUUAUUAUUGUGAAAAUGACAACGUGUCUAAGAGUGCUGAUGAAGCCUGCGAUAAAGCAGGUAAUGAAAAUAACGAAACGUCGUCGUCAUCACAGAGGAUGGAGGAGGAAGGCUGUGACAAUGCUAGUGAAGAUGAUGAUGAUGACGACGAAGAAGAUGAAGACUUUUACCCGUCUAAACUAAAAGGCCCCUACUGUCCCAUCUGUAUCGACAAGCGCUUCAGGGACGCAAACAAGCUCGCCAGACACAUGAGGACGCACACGAAGGAGAAACCGUUCCGCUGCCCCGUGUGCGUGAUGACCUUCAGCCAGUCCUACCACAUGACCCGACACAUGAGGAACCAGCACGGGGCGGGACAGUACGUCUGCCCCACGUGUGGGAAGAGUUUGGGGAGCUCAGCAGAGCUGCAGAGUCACAAGAGGACGCAUGCGUCACAAGUAGAAAAAUCUACCGACGACGAUGCGUUUUGUAGUCACGCCAUGUCAGAAGGGAAAGACCAUUCGACCCAGACAGACGGACAGAGCUCUCAGCAAAGUGACCAAGGGAAAAGCCAAGAAAUAAUAGAAUCACAUAACAAGGUUGGUUAUGAUGAUAGCAAUGAUAGUAUUGCUAAGAAUGAUGCAGACUCUGAUAAUAGUGAUUCUGAAGCUAAAGAAACUAAAGUUACUGUUAAGAUGGAAGAGAAGGACACCGAUGGAGGUAAAUCUCAAGAUGGAGACAGUCAGAAAGAGAAAGUUGCGUCUAAGACCAAAUCAAAAGGUCAUUUCUGUCCCAUCUGCGUGGGCAGGCGCUUCAGAGGGCCGAACAAACUCGCCAGACACAUGAGGACGCACACUAAGGAGAAACCGUUCGGCUGCCCGGUGUGCUCCAUGACCUUCAGCCAGUCCUACCACAUGACCCGACACCUGAGGAAGCAGCACGGCCUGGGCCAGUACAUCUGCGAUAAAUGUGGGGAAAGUUUAGGGAGCUGGCUGGAGCUUAAAGCGCACAAGAAGACUCAUGCGGUCGAAGGUCUGACGUGUCUCGCAUGUGACAAACAGUUCAAGGAGAAGGCCGCGCUUGUGAGUCAUCUCAAAUUACACAAGAAAGUCCAGACCAGCCCUCGGAGCCUCGUCUGCGGCGAUUGCGGCAAAGUAUUCGGCCGAAUGUAUCACCUGAAAAGGCACAUAGUGACGCAUCGCAAAGCAACAAACGGGGAGGUUUACACGUGCCCCGAUUGUCAGAAGAAUUUCGCCUUCCCAGAGGACCUCAACAAGCACCUGGAGAUCCAUGUGAAGGAAAACAAUGGCACGUGUCCGAAGUGUAACGAAACCUUCAGUAGUCCAGAAGAGCUGGAGACGCACAUGGGGGUUCACGAAAAGUCGUACGCCUGCAACACCUGUGGGAAGAAGUUUAAGGUCGAGUACGCUCUGAAGAAGCAUGAGCAAGGCCACCAGGACGAGCAGUACUACUGUUCCUUGUGCCGCAAACGCUUCAUCAAGCUGUCCCACUACAAGAGGCACAUAAUGGUCCACGACAGACGGGAGUCCAGAUGUCCACACUGUGACAGCGUCUUCCUGCAGUUAACGGCUUUGAAGUAUCACCUGCGGACUCAUACGGAUGAGAGGCCGUACCAGUGCACCUGUUGUAUCGAGACCUUCGAGGAGAAGGAGGAGCUGGAGCAGCACCGCCUCAAACACAGGAAAUUCAAGAGGGAGAAGCCGUACUCGUGCACUCGGUGCGAUUCGGCGUUCUCAUCGCUGAUCGAGCUGACGGACCACAUGAGCUCGCACGGCGGAGAGCAGCCGAUGAACUGCCCCGUCUGCGGCCGGACUUUCCUCAACAAGAACAAGCUGGAGAAGCACCUGAGCAUCCACUCGGGGGAGAGACCCCACCUCUGCUCCAUCUGCGGCAACGGCUUCCCCUCGGCCGCCAGCCUCAAGCUGCACAUACACAUCCACACCGGAGAGAAACCCUUCCAGUGUCUGCAGUGCAGCAAGAGCUUCCGGUCGUCCAGCGGGCUGCGGCUGCACAGCAGGCAGCACAUGGAGGUGCGGCCCAGCUACGAGUGUCCCGAGUGCGGCAGGACUUACGGCCGCAUGACGGAGCUGAAGAUGCACCAGCGCUAUCACACGGGCGAUAAGCCGUACGCAUGCACCUGCUGCAACAAACGCUUUAUAAGCAAAGACAAGUUGAACGUUCACAUGAGGAUCCACACAGGAGAGAGGCCGUACUCCUGCCCCCACUGCGGACAGACAUUUACACAGACCGGAGACAGAAACAGACACAUCAGUAAAUACCACUAGAUAGGUACUGUAGCAACAGAACGCCUAUGAACGUGUUGCAUUUGAAUGAUCGCACCAGUGGUUUUGCAUGUUUGUAGGGGUUGGUAGGUAGCAGUGAGAAUUAACUCGGACAACAAUUAUUCACAUUAUUUGGUCAAGAAUAAGAAAGCAAAAUAAGCUAUAUUAGGCAGAUUUAUGCUGCCAUGAACACUAAAUUGUCAAAUUAUAAGGUUGUGCAAUUUUUUUUUGUUGGUAAAUUUAAGAAAAACAUGUUUUUAUCUGUUGUAGAAUAGAAUAAAAUCCAUAACACUAACAAAAAGUAAGUUUUUCUUUAAAUUAUCAAUCAACCAGUGCUCAAUCAAUAUUAAUUAUAAUAAUAAUUUCAUUAAAAAGUAUUUAUGUAGCGCAUUUCAUACAGACUAUGUAGCUCAAAGUGCUCUAUAUUUAAAAAUAAAUAAAAACCGAAAACCUUCCUUUUACAGAAAGCAUGCAUUUCUGUCAGAUCAACACCUCACUGAGUAUAAAGUAUCAUCAAAGAUUAAGCAUUACAAGUGUUUCAAGGACUAUUUACUACCAUUACUUUGCACUUAUUUUAAGGAAUAUUAACAUGUAUUUCUACAAAAGCCUUUGUUUAGCAAGUCAAAAAAAAUUCAAUAUCUUCAUAAAUGAAAUGGGGGAAAAUUGUUGUAAGGUCAUUACGCAACACAGGUCACAGCUAUUAUUCAACAGCUUGUUUUAAUGCUUUUUGCAAGAAAGAAAAAACUUGAUAUAAUUACUUUUACAUUUGGAUCAUGUAUUGUGCAACCUUCUCAGAGCAGGAAGAAUACCGGGCUCAAACAUGCAAAACCACUGAUUUUUCUGUGCACUACAAGCCUUCACUUUAGUUUUGCCAUCCAAACAGUUUGUCGCUGCUGUGCUGUUUUGUGGCAGCUUCAUACGUGGACUUUAUUCUAGAUCACUACAUGAGCACUUAAUACAAAAUGUCUGCAUGAGGGUUUAGACCUUGAAGCUCAUCCCUCUCACCCGUGUGCCUGACGCGCCCUCUUUAUACAGCACUUUCUCAUUCAAGCACGUCAUCUUACCUACAAACACACAGUAGUGACCAGCGUGGCAAUGGUUCUUCGACAUCCAGAGCGUUUAACCGUUAGCCCAAAUCUGGUGCUACUAACUUGAUACAAUCAUGGUCACUCAAAUGACACUAAAAGAUGUCAGAGAUUGCAUUUCAGCAGUUUUGUUGUCCUCCCUGCCACAGUAUGUUGUCAUGGUAUCAUGUUUGUUUUGUUUCAUUUUUUGAAAUAUUUUGGUUUAGACAUCUCUGUAACCAGGUGCCAUAAUAAUAAAACUAUUAUUCACCCCGCUAGCACAUUUAA